AUGGGCUCCUCCAUCAUCGGCAUCCAGCGCGACAUUAUCCUCAACACGAUCCGCAAUGUCGUCGGCAAUGACUGGAAAGUUUUGGUGGUGGAUGAGGCCAGCCGAAAGCUGAUCAACAGCGCUGUGAAAGACGAAGAGAUCCUGAACCUCAAUGUGUCCAACAUCGAACAAAUCGAGAACCGCCGGCAGCCCAACCCGGACAUGAGCGCGCUGUACAUACUGUCGCCACAGUCAUGGAUUGUCGACUGUUUGAUGGCCGACUUUGAGGUCGGACGAUAUAAGAAGGCAUACUUGGUUUGGACCUCCUUCCUCGACCCCCAGCAGCGUCAACGUCUCGAUCGAUCUGAAAUUGCCCGGAAUCACAUCGCUGACUACCGGAUCUUGAACAUCGACUUCUACCCUCGAGAAUCACACCUGGUCACUUUGCGGGAUCCAUGGAGCUUCCCGGUGCUGUUCCACCCAGGCUGCAAUGGAUUGGUCCGCAAACACCUCGAAGAAUUGGCUCAAAAGAUUGUCUCGCUUUGCGCCUGCUUGGGCGAGUAUCCUGUGAUCCGGUAUUACCGCCCUCGUGCCCCGACUCAUGAAGCUGGUGUGCUUUGCUCCCACCUCGCCCGUUUCGUCCAAAGUGAAUUAGACCAAUUUGCGCAAUUUCAGCGUGACUUCCCUCCUCCAUCGAACCGACCUCGUGGAGUGUUACUUAUUGUUGACCGUUCUAUGGACGUUUUCGCGCCACUCCUCCAUGAAUUCACAUACGGGGCCAUGGUGUUCGAUUUGUUGCCGGUCAAGGAUGGAGAAAAGAUCACAUAUAAGACUCUACUCAAUCAAGGCAAGCCCAACGAGGAGCUAAAAGAGAUGGAGAUUGGCGAGCACGACAAGGUCUGGGUAGACUAUCGACACAUGCACAUGAAAGAUGUGCUUGAGAAACUUGGUGAUGAUUUUGCCAGAUUCAGAGCAGCGAAUCCACAAUUUGCAGAAGAUAACGAGAAGCUCACCGUGAACACGAUCCGGGACAUGUUGGUUGGCCUGAAUGAAUUCACAGAAGGCAAGGACGCUUACACGCUGCAUUUGAAUAUGGCAGAGGAGUGUAUGAAAUUCUUCCAGGAGCGUAAGCUCAUCGAAGUCAGUUCCAUUGAACAGUCUUUUGCAACCGGACUCGAUGAGAAUUUCAAGAAGGCCAAAAACUUGGCAGCGCAGCUCGUUCAACUUCUGGAUGAUGAAUCAGUCAUCCCUCUGGAUCGACUGAGAUUGAUCCUAUUGUAUAUUAUUUACCGUGGCGGUUUACUCGGCGGUGACAUCCGAAAGCUAAUGGCACAUGCCCAGCUUCCAGGCCAAGACGGCCAGGUAAUUGCCAAUCUGGAGCUUCUAGGAGUUCGCGUGGAGAAACCACUCAAAGACGAAAAGCCGCCGGUGCAGCCCCUGUUCAACCGCAAGAACCCAGGUUCGGAGUCGGAAGAACUCAGCCUGGCCCGCUAUGAUUUGAAUCUCAAACAGAUGCUUGAGGAGCAAAUCAAGGGCACGUUGGACCAGACGACUUUCCCUUUCACGAGACCUCACACCGAAACUGAUAGCGCAAUGGCCGCCCAGGAGACACUCUCCCAGCAAGCCUCUUUGCGCAGUGCUAAACCAACCUGGGCGCGCACUCGCGCUGUUGAUCAGCCGCGCCAGCGCAUGAUUGUCUUCAUGGCUGGUGGCGCCACCCACUCUGAGGCUCGCGCUUGUUACGAGGUCUCACAGGCGUACAACCGGGAUGUGUUCCUAGCCACCACUCACAUGCUAACUCCAUCACUCUUCAUACGUCAAGUCCGGGAUCUCAGUGUUGACAAACGCCGUUUGGACCUUCCCGCAGACCGGCCUAAGCCUACUGCCCCUGCUCAUCUAUUUGAGAAGAACACGCCUUCACCUCCCCCUCCUCAGCCACAAAAGAAGGCUGUGCCCCCACCCAAUCUCAACCCCCCUGUAGCCCCGGGGGACAUGAUGGCGAAUCUGUCUCUGAAUAACGGAUCGACACCUCCGCCUAGUGGGAAGCUCAGCAAGAAGGACAAAGAUAAGAAGGAUAAGGACAAGAAAGACAAGGACAAGAAGUACCGGUUCUUCAAAUAG